GGCUUGAGGUUUGUAGAGAAACUUCCUGAAGAUUUUGAAAACAGGGAUCUUAGCAAGGCCAUUUUGGAGAUGCUUCACAUCAAUAAGCUGUCCGUUCCUCAGCAAGCAAAGCCACAUCCAUAUAUGAAGCAAAUUUACCAUCUGCUGAGCACACAGGAGUCGAGGACGAGAAGCAAUUCAGAUGGGACUCUGGUGCAGAGUUUCCGAAGUGUACAAGGCACAAAAUAUAGCAAACCUGGUUGGAUCUGGUUCAACUUGUCAUACUUACAACCCUCCAUGUCUGUUGCUGAGUUGAUCUUACUGAGAAAAACCCUACACCCUGAACCACUCACAGUAACCGUGGCUGUACACAGCCUCUCGUAUGGAGCAGGGAACCUGAGCAUAAGUGGCCCCCUCACUGAGUACCUGCUUACCCUGGACCAGCUUCCUGCAUCAGGCUAUGAUGUGUUCAAUGUGACAGAGUCUCUACCUCAUCACGUCCAUGGACCACACAUCUUGGGCUUCCAGCUGCGCUUUAGGGAUGAAAGUGGCAGCCUGGUGCUCCACGAGGCCCUAACACAGAGUUUGUACUGCUUAAACACAAGCUCUCUAAGCCAGCCUCUGUUGGUGACUUACAAGGUGAAGCCAACAGAGCGGCCGAUUUCUGAGCGCAGGCAGAGGCAAUACUGUAGAGAGAGCACUCAUCUGAUAAAACAACAUUCACAACUGAGACAGCAAAGAAGCACAAAUGACACAACAUGCAUGCUUUAUGAACAUCUUGUUGAAAUAAAUAAAACUGAACUGAGUCAAUGGAUACUGCAGCCAACUGAAUUUAACAUCAGCUUCUGCAGGGGUUUGUGCAUGAAGGAACAGGCAAAUCAUACUCUGGGUCAUCAGAAAACAAAGGAUAAGCGCUUGGAAAAUAACAAAAGUCCACACUGCACCUCACAAGAGACGUCUCCUCUCAUGGUGAUGUAUCGGACCGCCUCAAAUGAAAUCGUCAUAAAGCAGAUAAGAGAUAUCAGGGCACAGAGAUGUGUUUGCUCAGACAAUAUUAGAUCAAGUAUUAAUGGUUGAAAUAAAACAUUAAUGUUUACUCAAAUACAAACUAAAGUGCUGGCAGAGCAUAUGUGAUUAUAAUUCCAUUAUUUAACACAGCCAUAAAAGUUAUGGCACUGAAAAAAUAUAACCCAUUAACUGAAUAAGAAAGAUAUAUAUGUUAUCUGAAGCUGUUUAACUCAUUAAUAAGACUUGCUUAA